CUUUGAACGGGAGUUUACUUCGCGCCCCCGUUUCCAUAGAAAAGGACGCUUUAGAUCAGUCAAAGCCGCAUGCAGAUUUUUUUUUGCCAGUCUGCAUUAUGCAAAGAAGAUGAAAAAGGAAUUGAUGUCUGGGAAAAAGAAGAAAGAAAACAAAGGCGGAAAAAAUGGCAAAAAACGUUCGACCGUUGAAGCUGGCACAAUUUUAAGAAGGUUUUUAAAAACCUAUGAGAAGCAUUGUGUCCAAACCCAAAGUAGUGCCAGUAUAACAAUCACGAAGAAUGUGCAAUACUGCUGUGAACAUGAGAAGAUCAUGACUAAGAUACUCCUUGCUUCUCCUGAGGCCGCCACUGCAAAUACUCCCCCAGUUUACCUCAAGCCAUUGCUCAUGACAAUCAGAGAUGAACGAUACAUGUUUGGAAAAGAACUGUGCAUAUGGAAUGUAUCUGUGAGCAAUCAAGACAUCGCUGACCUUUCAUUAGUCCUCGAACUCUGUGGCAGAACAAGAUACCCUUUUACUCACUUGGAACUGCUGGACUGUGGCAUUGAUGUCUGGUCUGCCGAGCGCCUUGGAAAAGCCAUGUGCUUUAGUGCACUGCAAGAAGUUAACCUGGAUUACAAUGAGUUCAGUGAUGAAGGUUUGAAAGGAUUGUUAAGUGGACUCAGUGGAAACUGUCAGAUUGUGUCACUGAGCAUAUGUUAUUGUAACUUGGGCCCAGCUAGUGGAUACUUACUGGGUUUGUUUAUAACUCAAAGCACCGUAAGAGAUUUGUAUGUAAAUGGAAAUCAACUUCAGUGUGAUGGGGCUUUAGAUUUGAUCAGAAUGAUAGCUGAGCAUGCUGAGAAUGUCUCACUUCAGAAACGUGCCUCUUCCAAUGAUGAGGAUGACAUAAAUCUUACUCAUCAUCAUCUUGAAGACCCUGUUUCUGAAAUGAGCUUUGUGGAUAAAAAACCUGAACGAAUACAAACAGCAAGUUCGAAGUCAUCAUUCACCAAAAAAAAGAGAAAACACAAAGGUAAGAAAAAAAGUACUAAAAAGCCACCGGAAGUUGGUCCUUGGCUUGUAAAACUUCACCUGGCUGAUAAUGAAAUAGAUGCCAAAGGAGAAGAAGGAUUAAGAAGCCCAUUGCAGUUCAUACAGAUGCUCUGUUUGUUAAUCAAAUUUUCUGCAGAAUUAACUGAGCUGGAUAUGGAUGACAACAAUGUGGGUGAUCUUUGUGGAAGAUUAAUCCUUGAAGCUCUGAAAGAGAGAAAAGAAGCUAAACUGCCUGAUUUGAAAGUUAAAGUGACAGCCCAGAUGAAUGCUGAUACGUUUAGUGAUAUUUUAAAGCAGAGCCAGAAGCUGAAAUCUACAAAGAAAUCCAAAAAGAAGAAGAAAAAAAACUGAAACUCUGGAUGACCUUAUAGGCCACUGCGACAUGAAAGAUAUGACUGGAAGAAAACACAGUUACUGAAGGUCUAUGAGAUACUAAUGUGUGACACUCCUCUAUUGCUGUUAAAAUACAUGACAAAGUUUAAGUACAGAACAUAGUAAAAUGCACAUUGCACAAUGUAAUAUAGUUAUUAUGUGUAAAAUUAAAACUAUUGCCUACAGAUAAACUGAAGAAGGAGCAUACUAGAAUGAAAUUGGUGUAAGACUUCCUUUUAUUUCCAACUGUUAGAAAAUAAUUCAUGUUUUGCAAUUUUUUUUACACUUCAAGACGGUGGCGUAGCGUGGGUGUCAGCCGCCC